AUGACGAUCGCGCAGGAGGAGAUUUUCGGCCCGGUGAUGUCGGUGAUCCGAUUCGACUCGAUGGAGGAUCUCGUCGAGAAGGCCAACAACACCAUCUACGGCCUGGCCGCCGCCGUCAUGACCAAGGACAUCGAUCGGGCCCUCUACGUUGCCAACAACAUUCGCGCCGGAUCUGUAUGGGUCAACUGCUACGACGUGUUUGACGCGGCGGCUCCAUUCGGCGGUUACAAGCAGUCUGGUAUCGGCCGCGAGUUGGGCGAGUACGGGCUGGAGGCGUACACCGAGGUCAAGACCGUCACGAUCAAGGUGCCGCAGAAGAACUCG